CAAUGCUGCGUCUCUGGCCCUUGUGGAGGGUGGGCAGUGGCCCAAGCAACCUUUUGGCUGUGACCGCACGAUCCAAGUCCACUGCUGUACAGCCAGCCCCGGAGAAGGUAGAAGUGUUUGUGAAUGACACACGGGUCUUGGUGGAACCUGGAACUACAGUGUUACAGGCCUGUGCUGAAGCUGGUGUGGAGAUUCCCAGGUUUUGUUAUCAUGACCGGCUGUCUAUUGCAGGCAACUGCCGCAUGUGUCUGGUGGAGGUGGAAAAAUCACCCAAGCCAGUGGCAUCCUGCGCCAUGCCUGUGAUGAAGGGUAUGAGAGUGAAACCAGAUUCCCCAGCCUCUAGGAAAGCCAGGGAAGGGGUGAUGGAAUUCUUAUUAGUGAACCAUCCACUAGACUGUCCUAUUUGUGACCAGGGGGGUGAGUGUGACUUACAGGAUCAGUCCAUGGUGUUUGGGAGUGACAGAUCACGCUUUACCGACAAUGUUUAUUCAGGGAAAAGAGCUGUGGAGGAUAAGAACAUAGGACCUUUGGUGAAGACGAUCAUGACACGCUGUAUACACUGCACCAGAUGUAUCAGGUUUGCCAGUGAAGUGGCCGGGGUUGAUGACCUAGGCACGACGGGGCGUGGGGGUGACAUGCAGGUGGGCACUUACGUUGAGAAGAUGAUCAAGUCUGAGUUAUCUGGGAACGUGAUAGACCUAUGUCCUGUGGGGGCUCUCACCUCUAAACCAUACUCCUUCACAGCCCGCCCCUGGGAACUCAGGCGUAUAGAGAGUAUAGACGUACUGGAUGCUAUAGGUAGUAACAUUGUGGUCAACACCCGUACUAACGAAGUCCUCCGCAUACUGCCCAGGAUGAAUGAGGACGUUAACGAAGAGUGGAUCUCGGACAAGACCCGUUUUGCUUAUGAUGGCUUGAAGCGGCAGAGACUGACCACACCACUGGUCAAGGAUGAGCAUGGUAAUCUGGUCAGCACGUCUUGGGAGGAGGCCUUCUUUAGGGUGGCAGAAAAGCUGAACCAGACAUUAGGUGAGGACAUGGCUGUGAUAGCCGGGGGUCUGGUGGACGCUGAAGCUCUGGUUGCCCUCAAGGACAUGAUGAAUGGGAUCGGGGUGGAGAAUCUGUGUACAGAGGAGAGCUUCCCCAUGGACGGAGCAGGCACUGACCUUCGAUCUAACUAUCUGCUGAACACGACAAUAAGCGGCGUAGAAGAGGCAGACGUCAUUCUCCUCGUGGGCACCAAUCCCCGCUUUGAGGCACCACUUUUUAACACUCGUAUCAGGAAGAGCUGGAUCCACAAUGAUCUGCAGGUGGCUCUGGUGGGAACACAGGUAGACCUCACAUAUGAAUAUGAGCACCUUGGUGACAGUACUUCUGUUCUGAAUGACUUGGCCUCAGGCAAACAUCCCUUCUCCAAGGUUUUAAAUUCCUCUCAAAAACCAAUGGUUGUUGUGGGAAGUUCAGCUCUACAACGGGAAGACAGCGCUGCCAUACAUGCUGCUGUAACCUCCAUCGCUCAGAAUGCCAAAUCUGCCUCAGGAGAGGACUGGAGAGUUCUUAAUGUUCUACAGCGGUUUGCAUCUCAAGUGGCUGCCCUGGACAUAGGUUACAAGGCAGGUGUCAGCUCUAUCAGAAAUAAGCCCCCUAAAGUGCUCUUCCUGCUGGGGGCAGAUGGUGACACCAUUUCAAGAUCUGAUCUCCCCAAAGAUUGUUUUGUCAUUUAUCAAGGUCACCAUGGUGACAGGGGCGCCACAGUGGCAGACGUGGUAUUGCCAGGGGCGGCGUACACAGAGAAAGAUGGCACAUAUGUGAACACUGAGGGUCGUGCCCAGGAAACACGACUUGCUGUCCCUCCCCCAGGCAUGGCUAGAGAGGACUGGAAAAUCAUCCGUGCUCUGUCGGAGAUUGUGGGGACGACUUUGCCAUAUGACAAACUUCAGGAACUACGGAGGAGGAUGACAGAACUCUCCCCUAAUCUUACACGAUAUGGAGAUGUGGAGGAGGCCAACUAUUUUAAACAGUCUGAAGAAUUGGCUAAACUGGUCAAGUCUACACUUUCCUCAAACCCCCUGACACCUCCACAGCAAAAACUUCAGGACUUCUACAUGACAGACCCGAUAAGUCGAGCCUCAGAGACGAUGGCGAAGUGUAUACAGGCAGUGGAUAAGGCUGACAGCAGCCCGUAUUAACCCCUCCUACUCUGUAGUCAAAUGCUGUACAUAGUGGCUGACAGUGCUGUGUUCUAACUAGGCUACGUUAUCUAGUGUGCUGACUCAGGCCUAAUAUCAUCGAGUCAGAUACCUUGUUCAAGUCUGCGUAUAGAAAGAGAUGUCCGUAAGUUAAGUUGUGCAACUUACUGAAAGCUUAUGAAUCUAGGGAAUAUUCUUGGAUACGGCUAAAAACACUAAUGAGAUCAACAAAAUGAAACUUCCCAGAGCAUUUCUACAUGCAUCGAAGAGCGUUUUAUCUUUGUGUGAUGGACACAAACUGUGUUUGGUGUAGGGACAUGUGAAGGUUACCCCUUGACAAGAUACCUGUACUGGGGUCUUGAACUCCUUCACUAAAACCCUCCAACAGCAUUCAGGUUACUAGCUAUAUAAAUUAUUAGGGGUUUUCUAUUGGUUUUUCACAGGAAAUAUCUGUCUAGUUAACAUAAAGCAUAUCUGGAAUGGUGGUUUCAUUUUAGCAAAGUUUAUUUGAAAAUUUUUGUCUGAGGGAUUCACAGGCAGUGAUUUGAGCUCGAUGAAGUGAACACAUUUGCAAAGAACCCCAAAGUGUUAAAAAAUUUGGCUUUAGAUGUGGCCUCCUGCAACAAAUUACGCCUGGAAAUCAGCCAGGCCUUUCGAUUUCAAAUCUGGACUACAUAUGUGCACAGCUUUUCACAGCUGGCCGUGGUCAAAAUUGGCUACAUUUAUAAGAAAAACAGAAAGAGACCUGUAAUUGCAAGAGUUAGCAAUGUGCAUCCUGGUUAAAGAAACCUGAGGAUAAGUCUCAAAUCAUAACAAGCCCCUUUCAAAUUCUAAGACUUCUAAUAAAUUCUAACAUUUAUGCCAGUUACCAAAUGAUUAGAUAUUCUAAAUAUUUUCAGUUUGUAAUGUAAUUUAUGAGCUAAAAUUAUAUCCAUUGGUUUUCACAUAAUGAGAAUUUCUAUUAUAGACAUUGACAAAACUUUAAAUAUGUUUGAAGACUGGCCCAAAGUGCUUAUGUAUGUAAUACAAGCCUGUCUCCAAAGUGCUUUUCAUUCAAUUUCUAAGCACAUUUGUUAGUGUCCAGUGUGCGUGGACUACACAGCAUUUUGUAUAAAGUAAGUAGUCAAACUUUGCCAGUUGUCUCCAAGUUUGCAUUGUAAAUAUUGUUGCAUAUGUAUUGAUUCACAUUUGAAUA